AUGGUGCCCUCUCGUGUGGCUGGAGGAAUGAAUGAUUCUUCUUUGAGAUCCGGAACGUUUUCCCAAGGAGAUGGGAGGUCACUGGUUGCAGGAAAUUCUCAGUUGAAUUUAAAUUUCAAUAACUCGUUGAAUUCAAUACCCGGAAAUGCACGCCCCAACAUGGGUCCAGUUUCUGGGGUUGUUGGCAACACAGUCUUAAAUGGUGUGGCAAGCUCUGGACCAAGUGUUGGGGCAAGUUCUUCGGUCACUGAUGCCAACUCAGGACUUUCAGGGGGUCCCCUUCUGCAGAGAAGUACCAGCAUCAAUAUGGAAUCUUAUAUGCGCCUACCUGCAUCUCCCAUGUCAUUCUCAUCUACUAACAUUAGCAUUUCUAGCUCUUCUGUUGUGGAUGGAACCUCUAUUGGGCCGCCAGGUUCUAAUCAAAACCCAAACUCUCAACAAGCACAGCAAAGUCAGCAGCAUCAGGGAGCUUCAAUUGCGACAUCUUUGCCUACAUCAGGGAUGGGGCAAGUUCAGCUUCCUGGUGUUCCAAGGGUCCUUAGUUCCUUAAUUCAGGAUCCCACUAUUAUGUCUCAGCUACAAAAGAAACCUCGCUUGGACAUCAAGCAGGAAGAUAUUGUACAACAACAGGUUCUGCAGCAACUUCUGCAGAGACAAGAUUCGAUGCACUUACAAAACUCAAACCCGCAGUUGCAAGCUUUGAUUCAGCAGCAGAGACUUCGGCAACAGCAACAGCAACAGCUCCUACAGUCCAUGCCACCAAUGCAGAGGGUUCAGUUGUUGCAACAGCAGCAGCAGCAGCAGCUGCAGCUGCAGCUAAGACAGCAGCUUCAACAACAGGGAAUGCAGCCCGCAUCUUCCGUGAAGCGCCCUUAUGAUGGUGGUGUAUGCUCACGUAGGCUAAUGCAAUACCUGUAUCAUCAGAGACAGAGGCCUCCUGAUAACACUAUUGCCUAUUGGAAAAAAUUUGUUGCUGAGUACUACUCUCCUCGUGCAAAGAAGAGGUGGUGUCUAUCCUUGUACGAUAACGUUGGGAAUCAUUCGCUCGGGGUAUUUCCACAAGCAGCAAUGGAUGCAUGGCAGUGUGACAUUUGUGGUUCAAAAUCUGGGAGGGGAUUUGAGGCGACUGUUGAAGUACUCCCCAGACUUAACGAAAUCAAAUUUGGCAGUGGUGUCAUCGAUGAGCUCUUGUUUUUGGACUUGCCUCGUGAAUGUAGACUUUCUUCAGGAAUGAUGAUGCUUGAGUAUGCAAAGGCAGUUCAAGAAAGCAUAUAUGAGCAACUCCGUGUGGUUCGCGAGGGUCAGCUUCGUAUCAUUUUUAGCCCCGAUUUAAAGAUAUUAUCUUGGGAAUUUUGUGCACGGCGUCAUGAGGAACUUCUUUCUCGUAGAUUGGUAGCACCACAGGUAAAUCAAUUGCUGCAAGUUGCGCAGAAAUGCCAAACCUUGUCUUGCAGUCCUCAAGUGCUUUCUCAUGUCCAGAGGUUCAGGGAGGACUUAAGUACCUUUGUAACCCCUGAAGAAACUCCUAGCUUGCUGGUUGUAACGGCUGGACGUCAGCUUGCCUUCUCAAACCUCGAUGUUAGUGAAUAUGAUUUGGGAUUUUCCAAAAGAUAUGUUCGAUGCCUUCAGAUUGCUGAGGUUGUCAAUAGCAUGAAAAAACUGAUGGAUUUCUGCGGAGAACAAAAAGUUGGGCCAAUUGAGGGCUUGAAAAAUUUUCCACGACACACCACUGUGCCGAAGAUUGAGAUGCAAGAGAUGGAGCAGAUAGGAGGUGUUCAGGGUAUCCCAUCUGAUUCCAAUGCCCUAAAUAAGAAUGUUCCUGGUAGUGGCUUCUCGAGUUCCCAUGUGUCACAGCAGCGGCAAGGGCUGCAGCAUUCAUUAAGUGGUAAUGGUUUACUACAGCAAAAUCAACCCCAGCCCUCUCACGGGAGCCAAAUGUCACAACAGCAAACAAUCCAGCAAUUGUUGCAGGAUAUGAACAACAACAAUGGUAGGGGCGGGGUUCAACAGCAGUCCCUUUCGAUUCAGGGUGCAGGUCGGGAUGGACUCGGGUUUAGAAACAGCCCUUCAGCUGCAACUACUCCGUCUGCAAAUGGACAAGGCAAUGUUGUUGGACACCCACCAAGCAGAAGCAACAGUUUCCAGUCUGCUUCAAAUAAUUUCUCAUUUAGCCAUAAAUCAUCAGAUUUGCCACAGAAUCUUCAUUUAUCAGAGGAAAUGGUACAAGACAUUGCCCACGAGUCCACGGAAAAUGGGUUUUUUAACAGUGAUCUUGAUGACAGCAUAAACUAUAUGUGGAAAUAA